GAAAGUUAAAAGCACAUUUCCACACCGCAUUACCACUUCUUGUAAUCACUAAUUCUUAAUUUUUUAAGUACUAUAUAUAUUACUAACACUGUUAGUACUACGUACGUACUAUCCGCCUAUCCCUGUAUCGCAUGCAGAAAUAAUCACUGGAGUAUUUAAUCGUAUCAUUUUGUCAUUUGUACGAAGUACCUACGCGUCAUUCGUAGUGACUUAAAGCUUUUUGAUGUAAGCCUCAACUCUGAAUUGUUUUGUACUGGUUUUCUUGUAAAUUUAUUUUUAAUCGGAUGUCUGUCGUACAGAAAAGUCAUCGGUAUUCGACGAUUUGUUGUAACGCUGCUUUGGCGAUGUACUUACUGUUUCUUAUCUUGCGAUGUUAUAUUUUUUGUGCGUUGUGAAAUAAUAUAAUAAGCGUUAAAUGACUCAAGCUGUUUUAAAUGUACGGCAUGAUGGCAUGCUUAAAACUGAGAAAUUUGUUGUGAUGUAAACGUCAGCCCAUGCAGUUUUCAUGAAGUGGACAGUGGGCCAUGUGCCGAUUCACGGAUAACAAAUUAUGACUUUGUUCUGUUGUGGCGAUGCCCUUUCACACAAUUUUGUUCCUGAUAAUCUGUUCCAAACUUCUAGGUAUUAAAGCGCUUCAGUGCCAGCUGUGUAGUUUUCCAGAGAACUCCUUCCCCGAGUGGUGUACCACAAUGAAAAAUACCAGCACGAUGACCUGCGAUCCCGCCGCUGGAGCGACGACGUGUUACAUCGCAACCGGCAUACGACCGCUCGAAGGCAGUAAACCACCAGUAUUCGCGCCAGCCGUGACACGGCACUGUUCGGUGUUUACAAAGCUUGACACCGAGCUGUGGAAAACCAUGGCGAAAGGCCAGAAAAUGGUUUGCAUCGAAUUAGUGCAAACCAAAUUGCCGCCGGGUCCUAAUGGUAUGCCAAUGAUCGACCGGAGGUGCAUCUGCGCCGAAGAUAACUGCAAUAAGCUUGGAUGGGACGAAGUCAUGCAACAACCCGCUCUACCGAAGAAUUAUACGGCAAGCGACACGCCACAACCCAGUCAGUUUGCCGAUUAUUCACUGGCCGUAUUGCAUGGGAUGCUCAAGACGAAUGGUUCAAAUGGUGAUAAUCUCAGUGAUACCAGCCACACUACGACCGCCAAAAGCAACGAUACAGCCACCGAUGCUAGUACUAUGGCCGGUAACAGUGUCAAGGAUGCUGGCGGUAGUGGUUCCAGUGCGGGAUUGAUUGCAGGAAUUUCCAUUGGACUGGUUGCUUUGGCUGCGGCAGCUGGCGGUCUUUUUUACUGGUUCAAAAUGCGAAAGCGAAAACCAAGCAUCAGCAGCGGCACGACAGGAACCAGCGACAACAGCAAUGAUACCGGUGAGAGCGCCGAUGAUGAUUAGGAGCUUACCUGAUGCAAAAGCACGCUCGCAAAAGCUUUCAAAGGCAUAACCAGGGUAAUUUUAUGGAGCUUUGUGAUAAGGGCACGACUAUUUAUUUUUAUAAAAGAGGUAGUAUGCAAUACAAUUACAAUUUUGUCGAAUGUGUCAGAGAUUUAAGUGCAUGAUCUGUAUGUACAGACUACAGAAUACAUGUUUAUGUAUAAACGAAGACGUUUUUGAAAGAUUCUGACGGAUGUUAUCACUUCUGCCUGCUAGAAAGUAAAUUCAGUGCACUUG